ACAUGAUUGAGCUGUCAGUUAAAUCAAAGAAAAGUUCGGUUUUCUUUCAGAUUUUUGUUCAGAUAAAAAAGAUGGCAGAGCAUGAUGGAAGAAGGACUAAGAGCUGUUGUUCUGGGGUGGCAGAAAUCUGACAAAGCUUCAGUGAUAAACAGCAUUUUAGGUGAUGAAGUUGAGUCUGACAGACAUUUUGUGACGUCUGUGAGGAAAGAUGGUGACGUGAAUGGAAGGAAGAUAACUCUGAUUAACACUCCAUGCUGGUGGCAGAAUUAUGGUUUGCAGGAUUCACCAGAGGUUGUCAAACAGGAGCUGGUUUGCAGUGUCUUCCUGUGUCCACCGGGGCCUCAUGUCUUUCUGUUGGUCAUUAACCUCAGUUUGCCUUUCACUGAAGAAAACAGACUCAGCAUUGAGAAUCACUUUAGUCUCUUUGGUGAGAGGAUCUGGAGACACACUAUAGUGCUCUUUACACUAGCCGAUUUACUGAAGGACAAAAACAUUGAGCAGCACAUAAAGAAUCAAGAUCUGCAGCAGAUCAUACAGAGAUGUGGACAAAGAUAUCACAUCUUUGAUUUCAAAAACAAAAGUGUUGGAGUCAAAGACCUGCUUGGUAAGAUUGAUGAUGUUGUAGCAACAAACAGUGACAAGCAUUUUGAAACACAUGAUGACAUGCUGCUGGAGAUAAAGAGAAAGAGAGAUGAAAAUGAAGAUGAAGCAAAAGCUAGACAAAAAAGGUUGCAGGACAAAAGAGAUCUGAAAGAAAUAGAUAAGUAAACCACAUAUAUGUAUAUGUAUACAAGUCAAAAGUUUGGCUAACUUUUGAGCUUUUCACACUGCGUUUAGCUCCGGAUUAUCGUCGUUGUAAACCCCCAUUUUAACCCCUGGUAAACACACUUCUAAUUUAAAAGUGGGGUUAACACCAUUUUUCACCAGGGUUAGGAAACCCUGGGUUGCUUUUGCACUGUUGUGGUGCCAAACAUGUGCAGUGUGAAUGCUGUGAAUGCACCUUUUCUCCCAUUCAUACUAGCGACAAAAGCUAUGUUUUCCAUGUUAAGGCUGGUGCACACUGUGCGAUUUUGGCCACGAUUAGGUCUUCUGAGACAGGCAGGGGGUUCAAAUUCUGCCUCUUUGGCCAUAAUCACAAUUUUGCAAAUCCUAAAAGAUUCCUAUAAUCCUAGCCUAAAACCUCUAGUCUUUGAUUGCUAGUUUGACAU